UUCAGAGUGCUGACUUUGCAUCUUUAUGCUGAAACAGGAAGGACAUCAUCAUGAUAUCUUGCAAGGCUCUCCUACCAGCAUAUGGGAUAAUCAGCAGCUUCCAGGUGCUUUUACGACACAGGUCCAUGUCAACAUUGAGUUACGUGCAGAGAAUCAAACUUCUGCAGGCCUUGAAGGAGGAUGAUGACAAAAUUGUCAAAGUCCGAGAAUCUGGCAGAGUGCUGCCAUUUGUGGCCAAGAAGCCCCUGAUUUCUAUGCCUGAAAUGGGACAGACUGCACAGACACUCAGGUGGAUCAGUUUUUCAGACCUGCAGCGUCUCUACCCAUCUGAGGACCUGGCCAGCCGCUCCAUCCUUCUCAAUGUGGCCGACACGGGCCAGGCGUGUUUCACGGCCGACCUGCCAGGCGGCGCUGGUGUCGCGGCCGCGGCUCAGGCCGCGCUCGGUGGGAAGUUUGUCGACCCGCGAGCGGCGCUGUUUCUCUGCUGCCCUGGGAGGAGGCCUGCACAAUGUCGCACGCGUUUUCGAUGCUGCACUGGCGCGACACGAUCAACUUCUGUCCGGGCUGUGGAGCCGCUGCGCUCCCGUCCGGCCGGACACGCCAAAAACUGUCCGUCGUGUGAGACCGUCCAGUACCCGAUGACGUCACCGGUCGGUAUCACGAUGAUCACGGACGCCGCCCAGACGCGCGCACUGCUGGUCCGUCAGGGCCGACACCCGCCCGGCAUGUACAGCUGCGUGGCCGGGUUCCUCGAGCCAGGUGAAACGAUCGAGUCGUGUAUCCGCCGCGAGGUGGCAGAGGAGGUCGGUAUUGACCUGGACGAGGUCGGCUACAUGGGUCUCAGCACUGGCCCUUCAACGGCGGUCAGCUGAUGGUGGGCUGCUACGGACGGACCCAACAGACG